GCGACUCCGCUUCAGACUUCUAGCAGAGGAAGGAAGGGUGGCCCCCAGCUUUUGCAGGUGCUAGUUCCACUGUGACUCACCCGCGCGAUGCCGAUGGACACUCCGCCCCCGCGCACGGCGGCGCUGUCCGACGACGACCGCCUGCUCGUCGCCCACUGCGCCGCGCUCACCUUCCCUCCCGUGCCCCGCUCCCCGCCUUCCUCCUCCUCCGCCGCCUCCUUCCAGGUGCACCACGCGUCCCACCCUUACCCCUGCGCCGCCUUCGCCUUCCCGCCGACCUGGUCCACCGCCGGCUGGAUGCCCUCCUCCUCCUCUGACGCCAGCGUCCGCGCGCCGUUCGGGGACGCGGAGGUGGACCCCGCGCUCUUCCCGUCGCUCCGCAGCGUCGGGACUGGCGUCCCCGCGCGCGCCAGCGCCGCGUUCCUUGCCGCCUUCCGAGGCCUGCUCGACGGUUCGCCGCUCCAGUCCGAGGUAUCUAGAGCUGUGGCAGAGGAGAAACGUAUCGUAUUCACAGGCCAUUCAUCCGGUGGUUCAAUAGCCACCCUUGCUGCUAUAUGGUUUCUUGAGAACUGCACCAGACGGGGAAGUGUCAAUCAAGCACAGCCGUUUUGUGUGACCUUUGGUGCACCUCUUGUUGGAGAUAAUAUUUUCAACCAUGCCGUUAGAAGGGAGGGCUGGUCGCAAUGUAUUUUGCACUUUGUCAUGCCUCUAGACAUUGUCCCACGCAUACCACUGACCCCCCUUGCAUCCUCUAGAGAACAAAUUCAAUCUGUUCUGGAUUGGUUAUCUCCUCACAGUCCAAACUACUCACCUGUUGGGAACUCGCUUGUCAUUCCUGAGUUCUAUGAAACUUUAUUGAGAAGCACGCUAUCUAUUGCCAGCUAUGAGGCAUGUUCUUUAAUGGGAUGCACUAGCUCGAUCCUAGGAACGCUGACUUCUUUCAUUGAGCUCUCCCCUUACAGACCCUGUGGAACUUAUCUUCUGUUGACAAGUACUGAACAGCUGAUUGUGCUCACAAACUCAGAUGCUGUCUUGCAGUUGCUAUUUUACUGCCUUCAAUUGGAUCCCCAACAGCAAUUGCUUGAUGCUGCCGCCAGAAGUUUAAGUGCCCACUGGCAAUAUGAAUCAAUUAAGCAAUGUGUGAUGCAAGAGAUAGUUUGUGUGGAUUACCUGGGAGCAAUUUCAUCAUCCCUUCCUGGUAGGCAGAUGAAUGGAACGACAAUUGGCGGACUUGAACUGAGCAAGGAAGCUAUGCUGGGCCUCGCUGCAGCUGGACAAUGGGAGAAGCAAAGAGAGAGAAACCAAGCGAAGAUAGAUGCAAACUGCAGUAAAAUCCAGGAAGCCAUCAGAUCCCUGAAUGAAUACAAAAGAACAUGUGAACUCCAUGGAGUGAGCUACUAUGAUUCGUUCAAGCUUCAGCGGGAAGUUCAUGACUUCAAUUCAAAUGUACGGAGGUUGGAACUAGCUGGCCUUUGGGAUGAGAUAAUUGAGAUGCUGCGAAGGCGUGAGCUCCCAGAUGUGUUCGAAGGGCGAGAAGAGUGGGUGAAUUUAGGUACCAUGUACCGCCGGCUGGUUGAACCCUUGGACAUUGCAAACUAUUACAGGCAUUCGAAGAAUGAGGACACCGGCUCCUACCUCUCCAAGGGGAGGCCGAGGCGAUACAAGUACACCCAGAAGUGGCACGAGCAGUCAAAGCGCAUCCCCUUCGGUUCUAGCCUUGAGUCGUGCUUCUGGGCAAUGUCUGAGGAGCUCCAGGCUGAGAUGAUCAAUGGCAAAUCAUUUGAGGAUCUGAAAGACAGGGUAUGCAAACUCGAGAGCGACACACUUGGAUGGUUUACCUCUGGAAAUCUGGGCAAAGACGUGUUCCUGAGCAGCUCAUCAUUUGUGAUAUGGUGGAAGACACUCCCAGAGCAACAGAGGUCUGCAUCAUGCAUCGCGAGGCUUAUGCCUCCGUAAGAUAAUUUCUCCACGAUUGCAUGCCGAGAGGUCAAGUUUGCCUGAUGUCAACGGGUGGCAUGGCUGUUUCUGAUCUAACCGUGUUUGCUACUGUGUAUUGUACAUGCCACUUCGUCUGUAAAUUCAUCCAUGAUGCAGAUGCCAGGAAUAAAUAAUCCAUCCGUUACCUAAAAAAAAUGAUCUAAGAUGGUAAGCAAUCGUCAAAAUAAUGGAGUAAAUUGCACCUUGAACUUGUGCCACUUUGAAACCAAAUUUUUAGAAUAGAGGCUUUUCAGCCCAGCUUUAUUUGAACG